AUGGCCACCAACAAGAACCGAGGCACCUUCCGUGCAAUAGGCAUCAGCAGAGAUUGCAGCGAGGAUGAAUUUAAGUCAGAAUUGGAGCGCCGGUUUACUGAUAAAGGAGAGCCAAACUUCGAGCUUCAGUUGCGCCUAGCGCCUAACUGUACUGACCCAACAACCCAGAUUGCAAUUUUUAAGUUGAAGCCCAAAGAACCGACGGCGGGGCUUCCAGCCUUCCUCCGGAGAAAUGUCCCAUCUUUCAAUUACAAAAAUAAAACUGUACAAAUUGAUACCGAUUUUUCAGGUCUCACGCAACUAUAUCCGGUUGAAGAGAGCAAAAUCAAGAUAGAUAUCGUCGCUGUUUCGGGGCUUAACUCUCAUGCUUUCGGGUCGUGGGUUGGUCCUGAAGCUGGGGGUGUAACGCCGAUGUGGCUUCAGGACUUUUUAGGCGAGGACGAGGAAUUAAAAUACUGCAGGACAAUGACAUAUGGAUACAACACGAAAUAUAAAGAUACAGUUCAACGACAUAUCGAAGAUCAUUCCAGGGACCUGUUAAUUGAACUGCAUAAAGCUAGAGAAACUGAAGAGGCGAAAAAGAGGCGAUUGAUCUGGAUAGGCCAUAGUUUAGGCGGUGCCCUUAUCGCACAUGCAGUUAACUUGGCGUCCUUUGACGCAAAUCACCUCUACAAAGACAUCUUCGACUCGAUGAUGGGUCUUUUCUUUUUUGGGGUUCCUUUUCGUAACGCAAACCUCAAAGAUGUCGAUAAGAUGGUAAACGGAGAUCCAGACAUGGCCGCGGGUCAGGGGGUUAGGCUUCUUCAAGCAAUCAACUACGAGACGGGAAGGAUUACAGGGACUAUUGAUUCAUUUAAGAGCCACCUUACUGAAAAACAGACGAAAGUUUAUUCAUUCUAUGAAACAAAGGAGACAAAGAAAGUUAUCGCGUUAGAAGGUGGAGGUUAUGGUCGAGCUGGAGAGCUUAUAAUGGUUGUUGAGAGGGACUCUACAGAGCUAGGGGUUGGCAGCAGCUUGGAAAGACGCUUCCCGGCUGAUGGAGAUCACUCAACGAUCGUCAAGCUAGGGAGUCCUCAAGAUAAAACAUACACGACGGUUUGUAGUCAGAUUAAGGAGCUGCUGAAAGAAGUUGCUGCCAAAAAUGCAGAAUUAAGUGCCCAGGCGAUAGCAGAAGAUCGUGAAAUUCUAAAAUGGAUAUCGAAGAUCAACGGCCAUUCUAAGCAUGACGCCACUUCUAAGCGUUGCAAGCCUGGAACUGGAGAAUGGUUACUAACCUCCAUUCAAUAUCGAAAUUGGCUGGGUAGGGCUAAGGAAAUAUUGUUCUGCCCAGGCAUUCCCGGCGCCGGUAAAACGGUACUCACAUCUACUGUCAUAAACGAUUUGCUUGACAAACGUUCUAAUGAUCCGAGUAUUGGGAUCGCUUUCAUCUACUUCGAUUUCAAAGGAAGCGCCGCUCUUGAGGUAGAAGAUUUAUUCUCGGAUUUACUAAAACAGCUAGGUGAUACUCGAGCCGGUUCUCUACCAAAGCACUUCAAAAAGCUCUUUGAUGACCACAAGAACAGUGGGCGGCCGCCCCUUAGGGAGGUCAUCGAUGCCCUCUGUGCAGUUGUUAAAACCUAUUCUAGGGUGUUCAUCGUCCUCGACGCUCUCGAUGAAUACCAAAAUCAGAAGGAACGUUCAGUAUUCCUUGGCAAACUAUUUGACAUGAACGAGGACCACGGCAUAAACAUAUAUGCUACCUCACGACGCAUACAUGAUAUCCAAAAUCGGUUCAAGAAACUCGGCGCAUGCAAAGAGUGCGAGAUACGUGCAUCUACAGAAGAUGUAAAACGCUAUUUGGAGAUCAGAAUUGAUGAAGUGGGAAACUCGAGCGCAAAGGAACACAAAGAAACCAUCAAACAAAUGAUUUCAGAGCGAGCUCAGGGAAUGUUCCUCCUUGCGGAGCUGCAGUUUGACGCGAUUGAAUCUCUAGACGAACCAAACUGGAAGGAAAUACAAACAUGCUUGGAGCGGUUUGGCACAAGUUCGGAAAGCCCAUACGAUGUAACAUAUCAAACUAUCAUGAACCGGAUUUGUGGCAAAGACCCAGAUAUUAAGAAAGAUAAAAAAGCCUCCGUAGGCAGUGCUCGCAAAGCUUUCCAGGUCCUAUCAUGGAUAACACGGUCAUCGAGGCAUCUCACUAAAGAGGAGCUGCAGCAUGCGAUUGCUGUUGAGCCUGGUACCAACAAAAUCGACAAAAACAAUAUAACUAAUAUCAACGAUAUUAUUUCGUUGUGUCGUGGGCUAGUCACCUAUGAAGAAGAGAGCAACACCGUGAAGCUAGCUCAUUAUACAGUCCAAGAGUAUUUUGAACGGAGUUGGCGAUCCUGGUUCCCUCACGCUAAUAGUGACAUUGCAAGAGCGUGUAUCCUUUAUCUUUCAUACGAUCAUUUCAAGGCAGGCCAAAGUCAGAGCGAGGAAGAGUUUAAGAAGAGGCUGAAAUCGAAUUCUCUAUACAGCUAUGCCGCCAAAAAUUGGGGCAAGCACACCCGAGACUCCUGGGCCGAAGGCCAGUUUGAUGGCGGUGAACGCAGCCCAAAUACAAAACCCAAAGCCGACUGUCCUGACUGGCCCACGAGACAGAGUGACACUAUGUCAUUAGUACACAACCUUCUUUUCAAGGGCGGUGCCGGCCUACGAUCGGCUUGCGUUCAAGCUAUGUUUAUGCCAGGGUUAUCAUCGCCAAAGCCUUUCACCUCAACCCAAUUCGAAUCUAGCCUAAAAAACCAAAUGCCAGGGUCCCACAUUGCAACAUACUUCGGGCUGAAGCCGGUAAUUGAGCAUCUAUUGGGAAAAAACGGACCUAACCUCGAAACUGAGAACUCAUGGGGUCCAACGCUGCUAUCGCUUGGGGCAUACUUCGGGCUGAAGCCGAUAAUAACACGACUAUUGGUGAAGGACGGGAUUGGCAUAGAAGCUAAAGAUUCAUGGGGCCAAACGUUGCUAUCCGUUGCGGCAGAGAAUGGUCACAAAGACCUCGUUGAAUUAUUCUUAGAGAGAGGGGCAAACUGCAAAUCCACGGAUUCCCAAGGUCAAACACCUCUGUUGCUUGCGGCGGGAAACGGUCACAAAGAUAUCGUCGAAUUUUUAUUGGAAAAAGGGGCAGAUCACAGAACCAUGGACUCGUCAAAUCGAACGCCUCUGGCCGCUGCCGCAGACUCUGAACACAAAGAAGUCGUUGAAUUAUUACUAGCAAAGGGGGCAGACCCCAACGUCAAAGAUUCAGAUGGCCGAACACCGCUCAUGAUUGCAAUAGAAUGGGGCUGCGAGGAUAUUGUUGAAGUAUUUUUGAGGAAAACAGAGCCAAAUCGGGAGGUGGUCUCGUUUUCUCUCAUCACCAGACUGCUCAACAGCGUGUGGAGUCUGGUAACGGGGCAAACUUUGCAAAUCACUACAAGCUUGAGAGUGAAGGUGGACUUCAACAUCAAAAAUUCGGAAGGUUUAACCCCGUUGUUAAUUGCGCUUGGCAAUAUGGAGCCAGAAAUUGCCAGUCUUCUCGUGAAGAAUGUGGCGGAUAUCGAUGUCAAUGUCCAGGACGCAGAAGGGCUUACAGCGCUUCAUCACGCAGUUGAUAACGAUUACAAGGAUGUUGUCAAACUCCUAGUGGAAAAAAAAAAGCGGAUUGCAACGUUCAAAACUUAG